AUGGGCACAGGGUUCAGAGGGGUGAUCUGCGAUGACUAUGGGUUCCCCAUAUCCAUAGCACCAGUGAUUCCAGACGGGGAGGUCGGUGGGGGCUUCUCACAGCUCCCAACAGCUCUCGCUAAACUCACAACCGUCACGCUUCUCUCCUUCAACGCCUUCCAGCUCAACGCCAAGCUCUCCUCCUUCGCCCGUGUCAUCAAAUGCCUGCCCCGCCUCAAAUACCUGGACCUGUCUGUCAACUCGCUCUAUGGCCCCAUACCACCAUACCUCACCCAGUCUGACUCCAUCGAGUUCCUAUCCCUCUACGCCAAUCAGCUGACAGGACCCAUCCCCGUCCUCUCCCCCACACUCAAGUCGCUGCAAGUCCACCAUAAUUUCCUUUCGGGCAGGCUGCCCGCUGCCCGCCACCUCAUCGACUGUGAUGUCAGCCACAACUGCUUGGUUGGAGGCAGUGCUGCCACGUGUCCCACCUUAUCCGCUCAGAGGCCAGGUGGCAAAUGCACAGUGGCUAAGAGGGCGUGUGCAUGCAAAGGGGGGAAGGUGUGUGUGCCUGUGUAUGAUGGUGAUGAUGGGGAUGGGAGCAGCGAGGGGGUGGAGAACGCAGGAAACCCUCCAGAUGCAUGGGUGUGUUCCAAAUGCCCCAUGGGGACAUCCGAGUUCGCCAAUACCUGUGUGUCAUGCAGGAAGCUGUACUUCACCGGAUGCUACAGGACAUGGGCCAAGAACAAAUUCUCCUGCUAG